AUGUACAAGGCGAGAUUGCCUGAUCACAAACAGGUAGCUGUCCGGAAUGCAAGCUACUCUGCAGUCAUACCACAGCAGGGCGACUAUGUGGAUGGUCUCCUGGUCGUUGGUCUUUCCGAGCAAGACCUCCGGCAUAUGGACUACUUUGAAGGGUACGAGUUCGCUUCCGUUCCUGUAAAAGUACAGCUUUUUGAUCCAAUCGACACACGCCACAGCGACCACCACGGCGGAAGAUCAGAAACAAGCAAUGCAACUUUCAAAGCCGGUCUUUGUUACAUAUGGAACGACUCUUACGACCGUCUGGAGUUGUAG